AAUUUUGGUGCUCAAGAUAAUGACAUUCCAAAAGUUUGGUAUUUUUUCCCCUUUUUGUCAUAUGGGUAUAAAAACUUUUAUACUCACCUGUAAAUAAUGUAAACGCCUGCUUAUGGGCUUAUUUUAUACAUUACAGUCUGUCAUUCAGCAAUACUGGCUCUUCUAAAGCCACCACCUUACCUCCUACAGAAAGCGUGUAUGAUAUGGAUUACUGUGUGGAAAAUACCAUAAAAGCAUAAAUGUAGGGUAUUAUAACUUCCACGCCUCACCUGACGCAUCAUAUAUGCGGUUAGUCACGUGAACAAAGGUCACCUACUUAUAAGCCAUCCCAUCCCAGAUGACCGUUAUAUAUUACCAUGCUGUGCGCUGCUGUGUAUGAGACAGUGUCCAUCUUUAUUAUUCAUAAUCAGAAUUAAAUAGUCGACAAAAUGCAUUUCAGCACGCUAAAGAUUCUGGAUCUGCAUGAACUAGGCAUGUACAUCCACGGCUUUUCUUUUGAAGCAGGCAUGAUGAGCACCAAAGAGGAGUCAGAACUUCAGGAGAGCCAGAUCUCCACGGUACAGCACGCAGGCACGCACAUUGCGCGGGGCACGCGCUCGGCCAGCAUCGCCCUGUCCUCCACCGGGUCAUGGCGAGACUCGUCACGCAGCUGGGGCUGGCUGCUGUCCGGCGCCGUGCUCGUCAACGUGCUCGUGCUCGGAUGCGCGCUCGUCGCCGGCAGCGUGUUUAACGCACACUACUUGACCAGCGUGCACCUGCAGCUUUACCUCGUGGCGCUGAUCAUCACCACCACCGCCUGGAUGGUCUUCUACAAGGCGUACACGUGCCGCGAUGACGAGGCCGUGCUCUACAAGGAUAUGCACGCCGGUCCCGUGUGGCUCAGAGGUGGCCUGGUGCUGUUUGGUAUCUGCAGCUUAAUCAUGGACGUUUUUAAGGUCGCCUUCUAUGUGGGUCUCGUGCACUGCGACUCACCCGUGAAAAUCAUCUUCCCCGCUGUGCAAGCCAUGUUUAUUCUGGUGCAGACUUAUUUUCUCUGGCUUCAUGCCAAGGAUUGUGUGCAAGUGCAGAGAAACAUAACUCGGUCUGGGCUAAUGCUCACCUUGGCCACAAACCUGAUGAUUUGGAUGAUGGCAGUGACAGAAGAGUCUCUUCAUAAAACAGUGUAUCCCAAUGAUACACGUAGCCUCAGUUCCCGGAGUCUCUCACUUAGAGCUGCCGCUCCUAGCGGCAACAACAGUUGUGUGUGCACUAUCGCGGCAUGCAGCAUCUUCGAAAAAGCCUAUUAUUACCUGUAUCCAUUCAACAUUGAGUACAGCCUGUUCGCAUCAGCUAUGGCUUACGUAAUGUGGAAAAAUGUGGGCCGGCUGGUGGAUGACCACGGGCAUCAUGAGCACCGAUUCCACAUGCGUGAUGUGCUGAUCGGCCCAGCCACAGGCCUCCUGGUGUUGGUGGCUGGUUUAACCAUAUUUGUAGUGUAUGAGGUGGAUGUAUUAUCUGACGAGCCGGGAAAGAAAGACACGGCCCUCAUCAUGUACUACGUGUCCAACACUAUCACAGUGGUCCUGAUGACUGUGGCAGCGGUGGCCGGCUGUGUUGUGUACCGGCUGGAGCAACGUGAGCAUGCAGUGGGGAAGAACCCAACACGCAGCCUGGAUGUAGGGCUGUUAGUGAGCGCCUCAGUAGGCCAGCUCACCGUCUCCUACUUCACCAUCGUGGCCGUGUUAGCUGUCGGUGUGGGUGGCCUGGUCAACGCCCUUAACCUAACCUGGAGCGUGCUCACUAUAGUCGAGCUUUGCGUACAAAACAUAUUCAUUAUCGAAGGCUUGCGGCGGGAACCACACCAGGACACACGCCGUGCCAGCAUCUUCUCCAAUCUGCUCGCCUUACAAGCACACGACGAGUGCAGGAGGUCCAGCAACGUGCUCACUCCUCGUGGCUCCAUCGCCAUCCCAGUCCCCAAGCCCCUGCCCUGGAAGAGGAAGCUUCUCAAAGAGAUCUCAUCGUUCCUGCUGCUUUCCAACAUUAUCCUUUGGAUCAUACCUGCCUUCGGAGCACGGCCACAGUUUGACAACACCCUUGGAAAGGAUUUCUACCAGUUUAGCAUGUGGGUUGCUGUGGUUAACAUUGGACUGCCUUUUGGGAUUUUUUACAGAAUGCACUCGGUAGCCAGUCUUCUUGAGGUUUACCUUACCUCAUGAAUCUACAGCUUUAGACAACCUUUGCUCAAAUUUUAUAAAACUCUUUGUUUUGGAAUUGAUACUAUAUAUUUUUGAUACCUUUUUGUCUAAUAUAUUUGCUUGGAAACCAAAUUAAUGAAUGUAAAGAUGUGUAUCUUAGGUGUUGUGUAUAUGCAGUUGUGUGACAAAUUAAAGGUGGCUUUCACACUGGG